AUGCACUCACUCACUCUUUGUAUAUUUGAUCACAUAGAAAGAGAGAUUUGUUGGGCUGUAUUUGCUAAAAUUAGCAUAUACAAACAUAGUUGCAAUUUAUAUAUAAACACAUCAAGUAUCUGUUUGUUGCAUAAACCAACCAUACACACAAGGGAAGUGAAAAAAAAAAUGAUGAAAAGCGGCGAGAAAAGAGAAGAAAUCAUUACAUUGGCCAUCGACAGAGACAAAGAGAGUCAGAACGCAUUGAAAUGGACAGUAGACAACCUCGUUAGCAAAGGCCAGACUCUUACUCUUCUUCACGUCAAACUCAAACAGUUCCCUUCUCUUCCCUAUUCAGGGUCUUACCCGAAUAGGUCAGGCGAUGACGGGACAGAAUUGUUUCUUCCAUUCCGCUGCUAUUGUGCUAGAAAAGACGUCCUCUGCCAAGACGUGAUUGUGGAGGACAUAAGUGCGGCUAAAGGAAUACUUGAUUAUGUUCAAAAGAAUGCAAUCGAGACUCUAGUACUCGGUGCAUCAAAAAUGAAUCUCUUAAGGUUCAAAGCAGCGGAUGUUUCAAACACCGUCAUGAAAAGGGCACCGAGUUUCUGUACAGUAUAUGCAAUCUCUAAAGGAAAAAUCUCCUCCAUGAAGUCUGCAACAUCUUCACUUCCCAACUCCACUAUGCGGAGCAAUAUGAAUGUUGAAAGGAGGCAACAUACAAUGCAUAGAAUGCAUGACGAGAUCCAGAUCGAGAUCAAAAGAGGAUACGAAGGCAGAUACCAGCCCUCAAUGACAGACUCUGACAUAUCAUUUGUGAGUAGUGGAAGACCAAGCGUGGAUCUUAUGUUCCCUUCCUUUGGUGACCAUGUUGAUGUUCCCCGCCUCUCAGUCAACUCUGAUUAUGAAGAAAAUCGUAUUAGUUUUGCGACCUCAUCAUCCUCUUCGGAUAAGCAGUCCAUCGAUCUUGGCUCUUCAUAUACAGCCUUCUCUUCAAGCUCCGGGAGACCUUCGUGUUCCCUAUCUACCCAAGAUGAGAUUGAAGCCGAGAUGAGAAGGCUGAAAAUGGAGCUAAAGCAUACAAUGGACAUGUAUAACAGUGCAUGCAAGGAAGCAAUCUCUGCUAAGAAGGCGGCUAUUGAGUUAUACAAGUGGAAAGCAGAUAAGGAACGUAAACUCGAAGAGGUAAGACUUUCGAAGGAAGAAGCAAUGGCAAUGGCUGAGAGUGAGAAAGAAAAGAGCAGAGCAGCCAUUGAAACUGCAGUAGCAGCUCACAGAAUAGCAGAACUUGAAGCUCAAAAGACAAAGCAUAUUAUUGAGGAAAAUAACAAGUCUGUAGUGAAAACAACUGAUUUGAGGUACAGAAAAUAUAUAAUUGAGGAGAUUGAAGAAGCCACUGAAGAUUUCUCACCGAGUCGAAAGAUUGGAGAAGGAGGCUAUGGUCCUGUUUACAAGGGAGCACUGGAUUUUACUCAAGUGGCGAUAAAAGUACUAAGACCAGACGCAGCACAGGGAAGGUCUCAGUUCCAGCAAGAGGUUGAAGUGUUAACCUCUAUGAGACAUACAAACAUGGUUCUCCUACUUGGAGCCUGUCCGGAAUACGGAUGUUUAGUCUAUGAAUACAUGGCAAACGGUAGCUUAGACGACUGUCUUUUCAGACGAGGAAACUCUCCAGCCCUUUCUUGGCAGCUAAGAUUUCGCAUAGCAGCUGAAAUCGCAACCGGUCUUCAUUUCCUCCACCAGAUGAAACCGGAGCCUCUGGUUCACCGUGACCUUAAACCAGGAAACAUUUUGCUUGACCAGCAUUACGUCAGCAAGAUCUCUGAUGUUGGCUUGGCCAGGCUAGUCCCUCCAUCGGUUGCUGACACUGCAACUCAAUAUAGAAUGACGUCAACAGCUGGAACAUUCUGUUACAUUGAUCCAGAAUACCAGAAGACCGGCAUGUUGGGGACUAAAUCAGACAUUUACUCGUUUGGGAUUAUGCUUUUGCAAAUACUUACAGCUAAGCCACCAAUGGGUUUGACUUAUCACGUCGAGAGAGCAAUCGAAAACGGAACUUUCGCUGAGAUGUUAGACCCUUCUGUUGCUGACUGGCCACUCGAAGAGGCCUUGGUUGCCGCCAAACUUGCUGUACAGUGUGCUGAAUUAAGACGCAAAGACAGACCUGACUUGGGGAAUGUUGUUUUGCCUGAGCUUAACAGGCUCAGGACACUAGCCGAAGAAAGCAUGCUGCCCACUAACAUUGGCGGGAGCAAAAGACCUACUAGGAACCGGAAUAAUAAUAUCUACAUCCAAAGUCCAUUGUCCACGACUUCACUACAUGUAUGAAUCAACGAAACACCUUUUUUAAGAAAUUUUUUUGAAGAUGGCUUUGGUUUCUAAGCUAUAUUUUCCCUUUUGCAGGAAAUUAUGAGUGGUCCACAGCUACAUUAUGCAUCUGAUACCCCAAGUAUCCACAAAAAAAUUGCAUCUUGAAGAGAAAUAUCCAAAGUAAGAUCAUGUACAUGGAGAGGAAGGCUAAACGUUUUUGGUCAACAAAUUUUAUACACAAACAUUUUAGCAGAGUAAUCUGUUUAUAUGAUGUUAGGGUUUUAGAGUUCCUAUGAUGUUAACACUAAACCCUUGUACACUUCAGAAUCUAUACGAACAUUUUUUCUCUUUUCGAGAAUGUCAAUUGAGACAGUUCGUUUCUCGAUAUAAUAUCUACAUGAACUUUUAUUUGUUUGCUUAUUCGAUGUACAUUUUGAUAUCUAUCUAUGAGUUUAUUAAGAAAAUAAUUCAAAUAACCUUAUUUGAUUUAAUCAUAUUUUAAUAUUAUUCUUCGUCACAUAGAUACUUAAAUAAAUUAUCUUAUAGACCAUAAAUUGGUAUAUUACAUUUAUAGUCAAAUAAAACUACAGAUUCAAACCAAUGUGAUUGUAUGUUUUUAUUUUAAUUGUAAAAGUUCUAGUUUCUAAAAAAAAUCAUAUUUGAAAUUGUUUUUAACUUUUCUUAUAUACAAAAUUUCUUUAAAUUUUCAAUAUUUUCAGAUAUGAAUCUGUUGCACUGGAUAUUAUCGGCAAACUUCAUCGACAGAUUUCAUCACAAACUUCAUCGCAAACUUCAUCGGCAUACUUCAUUAAAAAAAACAAAAUUAUCUUAUAGACCAUAAAUGGUAUAUUACUAGACACCAUAGGCAGACUUCAUUAACAAAAGAAAAGUUCAUAAAUAUUUGAUUGUAAAUUAUUCUUGAUGCUAUAUUAAUUUAAAUUUUAAAUUUUAUUAUUAUUGUAACUUGUAACUUUUUAAACUACUAUUAACAUCAACUUUCUAUGUUUUCUUAAAUCACUAUUUGCAAAGAUAAAAUCAUUUAGGAUUUCUAAGUUAUAUUAAGUUCUUAGUAAUACUAACAUGCAAAUUAUAAGAAAAACAAGUUAUAGUUAUAACACACAACUUUAUAUCAUAAUUUUAUAUAUAACACAUUUUCAAAAUAACACUUAACAUAAGUUUGACAUUGCAAACAUUUACGUUCUGAAAUUCAAUAUAACAAAAGUUUAAAAUAUUA